UUGCGAGUGUGCUGAGGCUGGGACUGUCACUCAUUCUCGGAUCAGCGCGUGAACGCAGCUCGGCAGCCGCUGGCAGGAAACAAUUCUGCAAAAAUAAUCAUACUCAGCCUGGCAAUUGUCUGCCCCUAGGUCUGUUGCUCUGCCGCCGUCCACACUCGCUGCAAGGGGGACACAAUUUACCGCGGCAAGAACAUCCCUCCCAGCCAGCCGAUUACAAUGCUGCAAACUAAGGAUCUCUUCUGGACUUUGUUUUUCCUGGGAACUGCAGUUUCUCUGCAGGUGGAUAUUGUUCCCAGCCAAGGGGAAAUCAGCGUUGGAGAGUCCAAAUUCUUCUUAUGCCAAGUGGCAGGAGAUGCCAAAGAUAAAGACAUCUCCUGGUUCUCCCCCAAUGGAGAAAAGCUCACCCCGAACCAGCAGCGGAUCUCAGUGGUGUGGAAUGACGAUUCUUCCUCCACCCUCACCAUCUACAAUGCCAACAUUGAUGACGCCGGCAUUUACAAGUGUGUGGUCACCGGCGAGGACGGCAGCGAGUCGGAGGCCACUGUCAAUGUGAAAAUCUUCCAGAAGCUCAUGUUCAAGAAUGCACCCACCCCACAGGAGUUCCGGGAGGGGGAAGAUGCCGUGAUUGUAUGUGACGUGGUCAGCUCUCUGCCCCCCACCAUCAUCUGGAAACACAAAGGCCGAGAUGUCAUCCUGAAAAAAGACGUCCGAUUCAUAGUCCUGUCCAACAACUACCUGCAGAUCCGGGGCAUCAAGAAAACAGAUGAGGGCACUUAUCGCUGUGAGGGCAGAAUCCUGGCGCGGGGGGAGAUCAACUUCAAGGACAUUCAGGUCGUUGUGAAUGUGCCACCCACCGUCCAGGCCAGGCAGAGCAUUGUGAAUGCCACUGCCAACCUCAGCCAGUCAGUCACUCUGGUGUGUGAUGCUGAAGGCUUCCCAGAGCCCACCAUGAGCUGGACAAAGGACGGGGAACAGAUAGAGAACGAGGAGGAGGAUGAGAAGUACAUCUUCAGCGACGACAGCUCUGAGCUGACCAUCAGGAAGGUGGACAAGAACGACGAGGCCGAGUACGUCUGCAUUGCUGAGAACAAGGCUGGCGAGCAGGACGCGUCCAUCCACCUCAAAGUCUUUGCAAAACCCAAAAUCACUUACGUAGAGAACCAGACUGCCAUGGAACUCGAGGAGCAGGUCACUCUUACCUGUGAAGCCUCGGGAGACCCCAUUCCCUCCAUCACUUGGAGAACUUCCACCCGAAACAUCAGCAGCGAAGAAAAGGCUUCGUGGACUCGACCAGAGAAGCAAGAGACUCUGGACGGGCACAUGGUGGUGCGCAGCCACGCCCGUGUGUCUUCUCUGACCCUGAAGAGCAUCCAGUACACAGACGCCGGAGAGUACAUCUGCACCGCCAGCAACACCAUCGGCCAGGACUCCCAGUCCAUGUACCUUGAAGUGCAAUAUGCCCCCAAGCUACAGGGCCCUGUGGCUGUGUACACUUGGGAGGGGAACCAGGUGAACAUCACCUGUGAGGUAUUCGCCUAUCCCAGUGCCGUGAUUUCAUGGUUCCGAGAUGGUCAGCUGCUGCCAAGCUCCAACUACAGCAACAUCAAGAUCUACAACACCCCCUCUGCCAGCUACCUGGAGGUGACCCCAGACUCUGAAAAUGAUUUUGGCAACUACAACUGCACUGCAGUGAACCGCAUCGGACAGGAGUCCUUGGAGUUCAUCCUUGUCCAAGCAGACACCCCCUCUUCACCAUCCAUCGACCAGGUGGAGCCGUAUUCCAGCACAGCACAGGUGCAGUUUGAUGAGCCAGAGGCCACAGGUGGGGUGCCCAUCCUCAAGUACAAGGCUGAGUGGAGAGCGAUGGGUGAAGAAGUGUGGCAUUUCAAGUGGUAUGAUGCGAAAGAAGCCAGCAUGGAGGGCAUUGUCACCAUCGUGGGCCUGAAGCCUGAGACGACGUAUGCAGUGCGUCUGGCCGCCCUCAACGGCAAGGGGCUGGGUGAGAUCAGCGCGGCCUCCGAGUUCAAGACACAGCCAGUCCGGGAACCCAGUGCACCGAAGCUUGAAGGACAGAUGGGAGAGGAUGGAAACUCUAUUAAGGUGAACCUCAUCAAGCAGGAUGACGGCGGCUCCCCCAUAAGACACUAUCUGGUCAAGUACCGAAAACUCUCCUCCGACUGGAAACCAGAGAUCAGGCUCCCGUCUGGCAGUGACCACGUCAUGCUCAAGUCCCUGGACUGGAAUGCUGAGUAUGAGGUCUACGUGGUGGCUGAGAACCAGCAAGGAAAGUCCAAGGCAGCUCACUUCGUGUUCAGGACCUCGGCCCAGCCUACAGCCAUCCCAGCCAAUGGCAGCCCCACGGCAGGCCUGAGCACCGGGGCCAUCGUGGGCAUCCUCAUUGUCAUCUUUGUCCUGCUCCUGGUGGUUGUGGACAUCACCUGCUAUUUCCUGAACAAGUGUGGCCUGUUGAUGUGCAUCGCUGUCAACCUGUGUGGAAAAGCCGGGCCCGGAGCCAAGGGCAAGGACAUGGAGGAGGGCAAAGCCGCCUUCUCGAAAGAUGAAUCCAAGGAGCCCAUCGUGGAGGUUCGAACUGAGGAGGAACGGACCCCAAACCAUGAUGGAGGGAAACACACAGAGCCCAAUGAGACCACGCCGUUGACGGAGCCCGAGCUGCCUGCUGACACCACAGCCACUGUCGAGGACAUGCUGCCUUCUGUCACCACGGUCACCACUAACUCUGACACUAUCACCGAAACCUUUGCCACUGCUCAGAACAGCCCCACCAGUGAGACCACCACCCUGACCUCCAGUAUUGCCCCACCUGCCACGGCCACCCCUGACUCAAACUCUGUGCCCGCUAGCCAAGCCACCCCUUCCAAGGGGCCUGGCGUCUCUGCCUCCUCCCCACCCCCAGCUUCAGCCCCCAAAGUUGCUCCCCUCGUUGACCUGAGUGACACCCCAACCUCAGCCCCUGCCGCUAGCAAUUUGUCUUCUAGUGUCCUGGCUAAUCAAGGGGCUGUCCUCAGCCCAAGCGCCCCCGCCAGUGUAGGGGAGGCCUCUAAGGCCCCUCCGGCCAGCAAGCCGGCCCCCGUGCCAGCCAGUCCCCUAGCAGCAGUGGCUGCCCCUGCCACAGAAGCCCCCCAGGCCAAGCAGGAGGCUCCGAGCACCAAAAGCCCGGACCUGGAGCCCACCCAGCCCGGCGCCGCGAAGAGCCCGGCCGAGGCAGCCACAGCCCUGACUAGCCCGAAGAGCGAGGCUGCCUCCGUCAGCGCCACAAACCCUUCCCAGGGCGAGGACUUUAAAAUGGACGAAGGGAACUUCAAGACCCCAGAUAUUGACCUUGCAAAGGAUGUUUUUGCAGCCCUGGGCUCUCCUGCUCCCGCCGCUGGGGCUGGUGGACAAGCCCCUGUGCUCGCUCCUUCCCCUGCUGACAACUCUGUUCCGCCUGCACCAGCAAAGACCGAGAAAGGCCCUGUAGAAGCAAAGUCGGAGAGCCAGGAGACAGAAACGAAGCCAGCGCCAGCCGAAGUCAAGACGGUCCCCAACGACGCCACACAGACAAAGGAGAACGAGAGCAAAGCAUGAUGGGUGACAAGGAACAGCAAAGAUCAAAAUACAAAGUGACACCGCAGCUUCACCAGAGCAUUUCCAAUAUCACACGCGCAUGCGCGCGCGCGCAAACACACACACACACACACACACACACACACACACACACACAUCUCAUUCCUCUAGUGUCUUUUGCCUUUAAAAAAAAAAAAACUAAGCAGAUAAACAUGGGAGCUCCUUUUUGUAGGUGUAUAGAAAGGGUCCCUUUGUUGCACAGUUCCUUGUAAGAAAAUAAGACAAAAAGGUUAAACCCACAGCCAAACUAGGACACUCCGUUCCCUGAAACCAUUUAAAAAUCAAACAAAAGGACCCCAAAUUAAGAAUCUAGGAAGCUCAGAAAAAAAUCUAGGUUCAGGCAAACCACACUUGGGUUACC